AUGGCAUCUCCCGGCUCCGGCUUUUGGUCCUUCGGAUCUGAAGAUGGCUCGGGGGAUCCCGAGAACCCCGGCACAGCCAGGGCCUGGUGUCAGGUGGCCCAGAAGUUCACCGGCGGCAUCGGAAACAAACUGUGCGCCCUGCUCUACGGAGACGCCGAGAAGCCGGCGGAGAGCGGCGGGAGCCAGCCCCCGCGGGCCACCUCCCGCAAGGCCGCCUGCGCCUGCAACCAGAAGCCCUGCAGCUGCUCCAAAGCGGAGGUCAACUAUGCAUUUCUACACGCAACAGAUCUGCUACCAGCGUUUGAUGGAGAAAGGCCCACUUUGGCAUUUCUGCAAGAGGUUAUGGACAUUUUGCUUCAGUAUGUGGUGAAGAGUUUUGAUAGAUCAACCAAAGUGAUUGAUUUUCAUUACCCUAAUGAGCUUCUUCAAGAAUAUAAUUGGGAAUUGGCAGACCAACCACAAAAUUUGGAGGAAAUUUUGAUGCAUUGCCAAACAACUCUAAAAUAUGCAAUUAAAACAGGGCAUCCAAGGUAUUUCAAUCAACUUUCUACCGGACUGGAUAUGGUUGGAUUAGCAGCAGACUGGCUGACAUCAACAGCAAACACUAACAUGUUCACCUAUGAAAUUGCUCCAGUAUUCGUGCUCUUGGAAUAUGUCACGCUAAAGAAAAUGAGAGAAAUCAUUGGCUGGCCCGGGGGCUCUGGUGAUGGGAUAUUUUCUCCUGGUGGCGCUAUAUCCAACAUGUACGCCAUGCUGAUUGCGCGCUUUAAGAUGUUCCCGGAAGUCAAGGAGAAAGGGAUGGCUGCAGUCCCCAGGCUCAUUGCCUUCACGUCUGAGCAUAGCCAUUUUUCUCUCAAGAAGGGAGCUGCAGCCUUGGGCAUUGGAACAGACAGUGUGAUUCUGAUUAAAUGUGAUGAAAGAGGGAAAAUGAUCCCGUCUGACCUUGAAAGAAGGAUCCUUGAAGCCAAACAAAAAGGGUUUGUCCCUUUCCUUGUGAGCGCCACGGCUGGGACCACUGUGUAUGGAGCAUUUGACCCCCUGUUAGCGGUUGCUGACAUCUGCAAAAAGUACAAGAUCUGGAUGCACGUGGAUGCAGCUUGGGGUGGGGGAUUACUGAUGUCUCGGAAACACAAGUGGAAACUGAGCGGCGUGGAGAGGGCCAACUCUGUGACCUGGAAUCCACAUAAGAUGAUGGGCGUUCCUUUGCAGUGCUCUGCUCUCCUGGUUAGAGAAGAGGGAUUGAUGCAGAGUUGCAACCAGAUGCAUGCCUCCUACCUCUUCCAACAAGAUAAACACUAUGACCUGUCCUACGACACUGGAGACAAGGCCUUACAGUGCGGACGCCACGUUGAUGUUUUUAAACUCUGGCUAAUGUGGAGGGCAAAGGGGACCACCGGGUUUGAAGCACAUAUUGAUAAGUGUUUGGAGCUGGCGGAGUAUUUAUACAAUAUCAUAAAAAACCGAGAAGGUUAUGAAAUGGUGUUUGAUGGAAAGCCUCAGCACACCAACGUCUGCUUCUGGUACGUACCUCCGAGCUUGCGUGUCCUGGACAACAAUGAAGAGAGACUGAGCCGCCUGUCCAAGGUGGCUCCAGUGAUUAAAGCCAGGAUGAUGGAGUAUGGGACCACAAUGGUGAGCUACCAGCCCUUGGGCGACAAGGUCAACUUCUUCCGCAUGGUCAUCUCAAACCCCGCAGCAACUCACCAAGACAUUGACUUCCUGAUUGAAGAAAUAGAACGCCUUGGACAAGAUUUAUAA